AUGACCUCCAUCAACUACAUGGGUCACAUCCUGUUGCAAGAUGGCCUGAAGGUCAAGUCUCAGGCAAACUCCACCGAGAGGCAGAUCAAGGAGGAGUUUGAGAAGCUUCACCAGUUCCUGCGUAAUGAAGAGGCAGAAAAGAUAGCUGAACUGAAGUGGGAGGAGAAGCAGAAGAGUGAGAUGAUGAAGAAGGAGAUUGAGAAGAUCAGCAGAGAGAUUGCAUCUCUUUCAGAUGCAAUCAGAUCCACACAAGAUGCAAUGGACACUGAUGACAUCACAUUUCUGAAGCACUACAACAGCACAAUCAAAGGAGCCCAGUGCACUCUGGAUGAUCCAAUAAUGAAUUCAGGAGCUCUGAUUGAUGUGGCAAAACACCUGUUCAACUUUAAGUUCAGAGUCUGGAAGAAGAUGCAGUGUGUGGCUGAAUAUGCUCCUGUAAUGCUGGAUCCCAACACUGCACACCGAAGUCUCAUUGUGUCUGGGGAUCUGAUGAGUGUACAAUACAGUGAAGAGAGGCAACAGCUUCCUCACAACCCAGAGAGAUUUGAUGAGCACCGGAGUGUCCUGGGCUCUGAGGGCUAUACCGCGGGGACACACUACUGGGAUGUGGAGGUUGGAGACAACCCAUGCUGGGAAUUGGGUGUGAUGGCAGACACUGCCAAGGUGAAGGGAAAGGAUGAAGAUGAGUUAAUUAGGCGCUGGAUUAUGUACUAUGCUAAUAAUGAGUACAUGGUACAUUCUGGAGAUGUGUCUCUAAAGCGUGAGAGCGUGAACGAGCCCACCGCUGUCAUCAAAGUGAGCCAGAAACCCAAAAGGAUCAGAGUGCAGCUGAACUUGGACAAAGGAAAGAUUUCAUUCUCCGACCCUGAUUGUAACACAGUGCUGCAUACAUUCUCACACAUGUUUUGGUAUUGGUUUUGGAACUAUGAGCAAAAAGUGUUUCCUUAUUUUAAAACAAGGUCUUCCCUGAAGAUCUCUCCAGUGAGGAGUUCAGCUACGGUUACAGUAGUACUGCAAGUCUGACAUCUGCUCCUGUACUGUACCAAGCAUAAUGCAACAGGGUUGACUCAAAAUGCUUCACAAAUGGAGAUACGUAAAUAAAUACACUAUUAUCAUUAUUAUUAUUAUUAUUACUACUACUAAAUUAUA